CACGCAGGAGAGGACAUACAAGGUAAAGACUGUAAGCCUGCAGGACCCUCUAUACCUGAUGUACCGGGUCGCCUUAGUCUGUCGGACCCUUGGAAUGGAGGGGCUGGGAGAAGCGCUGCGGUAUAAAUAAAAGAUAAUAGUUUCUCGUUAAGGAGAUCUGGAAACAUGGCCACAUCCAACUGUACCGCAUCCUACUCUGUAGUGCAGACCAAGUACCUGGGUCCGGUGUACGGGGUGGAGUUUGUGCUGGCGGUAUUGGGCAAUGGAUUUGCAAUCUGGCUCCUUGGGCCUCGAGAAACAAAGGAUCGUCAUGCAGGCAUCAUCUUUUCGCUCAACCUGGCUGUGAGUGACCUGUCCUACGCCCUAUCAUUGCCUCUGCUGGUGGCCUACUACGUGAUGGGCAAGAGAUGGAUAUUUGGUGUUGGCCUAUGCAAGAUAGAACGUUUCCUUUUCAACUGCAACCUCUAUGGUAGUAUCUUCUUCAUCACGUGUAUCAGUGCCAACCGCUGCCUGGGCAUUGUGUACCCAUUCUAUGCUAGGGGGAGAGUUGAGAGCAAGCACGCCAAGUUUGUUUCUGCAGGUGUGUGGCUGUUGGUAGCCUUAAUCUCUGCACCUGUAUUGGCUUUCUCAAAAGUGGAGGAAAAAAAAGAUGGGUAUGAGUGCAUCGGAACAGCUAUUGACGCUCAGCUGAGAUCUUACAUACCAUAUAGCAUUUUCUUGGCUGGGUUUGGUUGCGGAAUUCCAUUUAUCAUAACCUUGUUUUCCUACAUUGGAAUAGCACGUGCCGUGUGGAAAAGCCACGGCUUAGAAUCAUGGGAAAAGAGGAAAGUGGUCACUAUGGUGUGUGUGGUCAUUGCACUUUACUCAAUCUCUUUUGUGCCCUACCAUGUCCUGAGGAACCUCAACCUCUAUAACCGACUGACCCAACCUGACUGUAGGUGGUCUCUUUCCAUUCACUCUGCUUUUCAGUUGGCCAAAGCUCUAGUGGCCUUGAACCCUUGCAUCCAUCCACUGUUGUACACAGCAGUGAUUGACAACGUGCGGGCGAAGCUUGGAUGCUGUCAGAGGAAGGAGGAACCCAAGUCUCAAGAAGAGACCAGAUUAUGAUCUGUUGUUCUUAACUUUAUAUAUUAUGGUAAUUCUACAUCCUUUGUCACCAAAAGGACAUUGAUUUUAGAACAAUUAACAAUGGAUUAGCCUCAUCCUACAGCAUGUAAAUUCAACUAUAAUUUUAUAUUUGUAUACUGCAUAUCUUGCUCAUUAUACCUACCUCUGUAUAUAAAAAA